CUCCCAUCGUGUAUGGACAUUGACAAAUUGUUGUCCUGUCAAACUACUUCAACCUAACACGAUUAAAAUAUUUCAUUGAUAAAAUGGGGAAACAGUUUAUAGGUAAUUGAUAUAGAACAUAUUUUCUAUGUCAAGGAUAUGGAACUAUUUUCUCUAUGUGGUGGAAGACAGAGGUCAUGUGUGGGUGAUAAAGCCGGUGAAUGAUCUAUUACAGUAGGUUGUUGUAGGUGAGAAAAUGCUGAAUUUUCUCUGAUUUCGUGACAUAUGUCUCAAAGAUAUGGCAGAGAGUAGGUCCGUGGCUAGUGCUGAAACAUCUUUGAGGCAAUCAAGUGCUAAGAAGAGAAGAGAAAAGGAGGAAAUGGCGGAAACUGCGACAGGUCAGAAGCCAGGUGGAGAGGACAUGAUCCCUGAGUGUGCAGUUUGUCUGCAGACCUGCGUCCAGCCAGUGCGCCUGCCGUGUACGCACAUCUUCUGCUACCUUUGUGUCAAGGGUGUGGCCAAUCAGAGCAAACGAUGUGCACUUUGCCGCCAAGAGAUUCCCAUUGAGUAUCUUGAGCGGCCAGAGCUCGUCAAGCCCAUCAAAGUCACAGAGGAACAGGAGGGGGAGGAGGAGGAAGAGGUGUACUGCUGGUUCUAUGAGGGACGUAACGGUUGGUGGCAGUACGAUGAACGUACUAAUGCAGAGCUGGAAGAUGCUUACACAAAGAAGAAGAAAUCUUGUGAACUACUUAUUGCAGGUUUCCUGUACAUCAUUGACUUUGUCAACAUGUUGCAGUUUAGACGGAAUGAUCCAAGCAGACGUCGACGGAUCAAACGUGACCUAACAAACACGCCCAAGAAAGGAGUGGCUGGGGUGCGGCUCCCAGCACCGGCUCCUCCCAGAAACGCCCCGGCAGAUGGAGUGGAAGGUGCAAACGAAGGAGCCACAGGAGGGAGCAGAUCUGUGGCUGUCACAAGUAGAGCUACAAAGUCAACUCGAGGGCCAGCUGAUCAUGAUGAAGAUGACUCAAAUGAAGAUACCAACAACAGAGCAGAAGAGGACAGUACCAGUGAAGAUGUGACGGACCAAUCAGCACGUGGAAAUGCAAGACAGUCUCCAGAUUCAUUAAGACAGCACACCCCUACUCAAGAAGAGGAUGAUGAUGGGGAUACCAACUCCACAGGAGGUGCUGAGAUGUCAGAGAUGGUGCGGAUGUUGCAGAGAAGUCGCCUGGGCAGAGGAUCAGACUCAAGCCGCAGUGGGGUCCUCCAGGCUGUGCUGCAGGGGCAGGUCAGCUCCGUAGCGAAUGUUGCCAUGGCAAGGGAAGAGAUUCCUGGAGACUCUUCUGAUGAGUCAGACUAAUGCUUUGAUAUGUAACCAAACCAGGUAUAAUGGACAGGACCUUUUCUUUUAGUUGUUUCAUUUUUAUGUCCAAUAUAAGACAAGACAUACUCGAAGGAGUGGCCGUCUACCAUUUUGUAUCAAUCCAGGGCUCAGCCUGUGACAGUGAGGUGUCACUUCUGGAAGAAUUAUCAAUCCUUCAAUUCACAUCACCUACAAUGUACAUGUAGGACCUCACCAACUGGAGUUGUAAGCUAAAUCUGUCUGUGAUGGUCCUCCCAUGCCAGUUGCCAAGGACUUACGAGAAUUGCUGGAAGCAACGAGCUAAAACUUGAAUGGUGAUGGUUGUAGCAAGGCGUUUUAAAGAUGCAAAGUACACUGUGCUGUUGCAACAUAUUUAGUAUGCUUUUGGUUUUCCUGUCUUGGAUGUUGGGAGGGAGGAUUGUAAUGUUUUUAGUCAUAGAAACAAAACUAGAAGGUAGUUUCUUGACCACACCAUUGCUCCAAUCAUGCUACAUUCAGCUGGGAGAAAGGAGCAAGUAACAAGGAAAGUACAUGCAUGUGCGCAGGUGCAAUUAAACAGACAAUACAAACUGCUUUAAAGGCUUUUAACAAAAAUGUUUAUGUCCUACUUGUAUUGGUAUUAUAUAUUAUAAAGGAAACAUACAUUGACCAACAUACAUGUAUUGAUAUGAAAGAGUUUCCCAAUCAAAACAUUAAUAAGAAUUCUGCUUAGGUAAAUGUGUAGAAACUGCCACUUUGAUGGCAAUGAAAAUCUAUUUCUGAAUUUACAAGAUGACAUCAGCAAAAUAUGCAGAUUUAAGCUAU